AUUUUGUAAUUUAAUAAGAAUGCAUAAAGAAGCCAUUGAUAUAGCGAGCAAAAGUGAAUAUUAUCAGCCUUCACCGGUGACGGCAAGAGAUCAGAUUAGUAGUUUUUGCGUGUAAGAUGGAGAAGACGGCGAAGCCAAGGAGCCGGUUGUGUACUCUCUGUAAUGAAAAACGCGCCGCCUUGAAACGCCCUAAAACCCUUGAACAAAUAUGCAGGGAGUGCUUUUACACGGUGUUUGAAGAUGAGAUUCAUAGGGUUAUUGUGGAUAAUCAGCUUUUCAAGCCUGGGGAACGCAUAGCUAUUGGAGCUUCUGGUGGAAAAGAUUCAACAGUACUUGCUUAUGUAAUGUCAGAGUUGAACCGUAGACACAACUAUGGAUUGGAUCUCUUCUUACUAUCAGUGGAUGAAGGCAUAACUGGUUACAGGGAUGAUUCUCUUGAAACAGUCAAAAGAAAUGAAAUACAGUAUGGACUUCCUUUAAAAGUAGUUUCCUACAGUGAAUUGUAUGGGUGGACAAUGGAUGAAAUAGUGAAAUUGAUAGGCUUGAAGAACAACUGCACAUUUUGUGGUGUUUUUCGUCGGCAGGCCCUUGAUCGAGGUUCUGCACUGCUAAAGGUUGACAAGCUCGUUACCGGACAUAAUGCAGAUGACAUUGCUGAAACAGUCCUUUUAAAUAUUUUACGAGGUGAUAUUGCAAGAUUGGGUAGAUGCACAUCGAUAAUUACCGGAGAAGAUGGGCCAAUACCGAGAUGCAAGCCCUUCAAAUACACUUAUGAGAAGGAAAUUGUCAUGUAUGCAUACUUUAAAAAGCUGGACUACUUCUCUACAGAAUGUAUUUAUUCCCCCAAUGCGUACCGCGGAUUUGCUCGUGAGUUCAUUAAAGAUUUAGAAAGGAUGAGACCAAGAGCCAUUCUUGACAUUAUCAAAUCAGGUGAAGACUUUCGGAUCUCCACCUCUACAAAAAUGCCAGAACAAGGAAUCUGUGAAAGAUGUGGUUAUAUAUCCAGCCAGAAAUGGUGCAAAGCAUGUGUCUUGCUCGAGGGCCUCAAUCGUGGUUUACCCAAAUUAGGCAUAGGGCGGAGUCGGGGGAUCAAUAGCGAACAUAAUACGAACACGAAACAAGCUAAUGGAACACAAAGUUUACAAAGCAAGCAAUGUGGAAGUUUGGACUUCUGAAUUCUCAUGUAGCUGCAUAAAUC